AAGAAGAAAAAGAGAAGAAAAUUUCAUUUUUUCUUUUCUUCUUCUUCUUCUCUUCCCUUCACCGCCAAUCAUUUUGAAGACAUCCAACUUCCAUUUUUUGUCCUUCUUCAAUUUGCAGAGAACAUUUAAGAGAGAGUUUGGAAGAAGAAGAGGAUUUUUACUAGAAUUUUGAGGUUGAAGAAGAGGAGGAGAACUCAAGCAAGGUGUAUCAAUGGCUGAAUUUUAGUUCAUUCUACACAUCACUGGUUUUUAAUUCGGUUUGAACUCUUCAAAAGGAAUUAAGAGGUGAGGUUUACAUUUACUGAACGUUAACUCAUUUUCAAACAAACUUUAUGAAGAAAGUUGGAGCAAAUUCGGAUAUUCAUUGGGUGCUUUUUGAUGAAGAAAACAGGGCAGUUGGUUUUCACUCAAAAUCAGGAGGUCUCUGGUUUUUCUUGUAUUCCAGAGUGUACCGGUUGAGUUAGAAUCUCUAUUUAGUAUGGUUGGAACGCUUAUUUGAUUUACUACACCUUUUAUAAAGAAAUCGUGAACCAAAAACGACUAAAAAUCAGUUAAAUUGUAGGGACAACUUAAAGAGGCCGUGUGCGCGCGAUUUUGGAAGUGGUUAUGUUUCGAGGGUUAUCUGAGUUUAUGCACGGGGAAUCAGAUUUAUAUGUCUUCAGGUACAUUUUAGAGGAUCUCAAAAUGAAGAUUUUUAUAUAAAGAACACUCAUUUUGGUUAAGUAUUGAGAAAGUUAUAGUCAUUUGAAGUUUAUGUUAGAAAUCUGGAAAUUUCAGAGAGUUGUUGAAAGAUUUUAUUUCUUAAGCUUUGUUUUCGUGAGCGUCAUCUUUGGUGCGACAUGUUAUGUAUAUCUUUAGGAAACCAGAAUGUUUAGAGUUUUAAUACUCGGUUGGGUUGUUGGUAGGCCGAGAAGAAUUAAAUCGAGCUUAUAGACCAAGGAUCUAGCCCAAGACGGUGAGUGACAAAACCAACUUUAGUCUACUUUAUAGAGCUAUGUUUGUUAGGAAAAGAUAGGCGAACCAAAGUCGACAUUGGUUUUUUGAAGAUUGCUGAUGAUUGGAAUACAUUUAAUAAUUAUGAUUGGGGUGGGAUUGUUUUUGGACUCACGCUAAGUGCCUUAAAAAGAGCCUUGGACAAGCAAUAUGCCAAGGGAAAGAAGAAAUCAACUAAGACAAAAAAAUAUACUAUCAAUGGACUUUCGCAUGUAUUACAGGUUUGGGCAUAUGAGUCUAAACCAACCGUCAUUGGAUGUGGUGUAGAUAAAGUAAAUGAUGAUGCGAUACCACAAAUGCUGAGGUGGGUGUGCCAACAAUCACCGAAGUCCUAAACUAUAAGCCAGGUGUUUGACUCGCCAAUGUUGAUAAUUAAGGAGGUCAUUGAGAUGACACCUGAAGAGGAGCAGUUGAAAAUUGCUUCAGGUGAACUUUUUGAAAACCUCUACUCAUCUACCAUUAUUCAGUCGAAGAAUGUUGGUUUAAAAAGAGAAAGAGAAGUUGUUAAUGAUGAAGGUGACUUCAAAAAGAGUAAGAAACAGAAGUCGAAGUCUGAGAUGAAAAAGGCUAUUCGGAAUCUCCAAGAUCGAGUAGCGGUUGUUGAAGGGAUACUUACUAGUAUAAAAUCAGAUAUUGACAAAUUGAAGUGCAUGACGUCAACCAUAUUAAAGCACAUUAGACUUCAAAGAAAGGGCGACGAAGAUGUUCACACCGUCGGUACCCCUCCUUGGUUGAGGUUUAAUAUUGAGUUAAAGAAGCCAAUCGACAUGUUGGAGAAGAAGGUUGAGAUUGGUUUAGAGGAGCCAAUAGAUGUUCGUUGACGAUGAGGUUGAAAUUGAGAACAAUGGGAAAAAACUUCGUACUCAUUUUGAUUCAGACGUCACAGAGAUAGAACGAUUUCCCACUCAAUAAUCACACGUUCGGCCCGCCCGUAGGAAACGUGCAAGUGUUUACCUAUCAACCCCAUUCACAACUCUACCUAAACGGUCUAUGACAUCAACCACCACUACCUCUCAAUGUGAACCAAUUGUUUAUGAUCCCAUGCACAAAAUACUUGACGUCGAUUUAGAUAGACUUCGAGCUUGGAUACAGAUAAGCGUACAAAAAAUGAGGUGCGUGAAACCUUUCAUGGGAAAAAAUCGAAGAUAUUUUUCAGAGACUUGUUUAUGUGUCGCCGGUGGUUGGCGGAUGAGGUAAGGGAUUAUCUUAUUAUUUAUGCCAAUAUAAUUUUUUUAUUGUUAUGGUUCUAUACAUUUAGUGCUUACUUUUGUUUCUAUUAGCAUUUGGAUGCACUUUUUCUUUUCAUUUGCUUCAAGAUUAAGGCAGCCGGGAUACCUUCUGCUCAAAACUUCACAACUACAGACACAAUCUUUAUGGUUUGGAAUCGUCACGUUACUUUAUGUAUGUAUUUGCGUUUGAUAUUUUUCUUUCGGUCUGAUAUUUGCGUUUGUAUGUUUUUCUUUGCAACGACUUUUAGUUGCGAAAUAGCCCCAAUACAAAGAAUGUAUUAAAGAGAAUCGCCCGUUUGACUAGAAGGAAGAGUAUAGGUUGGUUGACUAUGUUGUCAGGUCAAAAGAGGACUUCCAAGAUCCUUGGACAAGUGUUGAUUACGUUUACUCUCCAUUCAAUGUCCAUGCCAACCAUUGGGUUCUAUUAUGCUUGGAUUUGGUAAGUUGUCAAGUCAAGGUAUAGGAUUCGCUCAAGGUAUAGGAUUCGCUUUCGUCACUUAUAAGUGUCGAAGAGAUGAGAAACAUAUUACUAUCGAUUCGAGAGUUGGUGCCAAAUUUGUUAGAUAGUACUGGAUUUUUUGCUAGGAGAGGUGGAUCAUCGACAUACAAGGAACCUUGGCCAAUUGUCAUUAUCGACUCUAUUCCACUACAACGAAAUAAUAGUGGUUGUGGUGUAUUCACCAUUAAGUAUUUUGAGUACAUAGCUACUGGUUUUGAUUUAGAUACAUUAUGUCAAGAAAACAUGUCGUACUUCAGAAAAAAAUUGGCAUUUCAAUUAUGGACGUCUCCAAUGUAUUGAAUUUUGUUCCGAGAUUUGUAGUAGUUGUAUAUCAUGUAUGUUGUGAAAUAUGUACAUACAUCACAAGUAUCGAUUA